UGUGCGCAACGUUUUCACAAAGGCGUGUAAGAUGUUUCGCUGCCGCAACACUUUCGAUUUGGUCAUCCAAAAAUAAAUUAAAAGGAAGUAGCGUGGUGGCUGACACCCAUUUGCAACAGCGAUGUAAAAACACGCUGCUACUAAACCUUCUUUUUUUUCUAAAAACGUUUUCUGACGUUUGGACUGCGCUGAACACGACCCCAGGUAUCACGUUUCAAAGCGACAACAAAAGAGAAGGAUUGUCCAGCGGCGAGAUUAUCGACCCUGAACCGCACUGUAGGCAGCAGAUGUGCGCUCGCAGGAGUCCGGUUCUUCCGAAAGGCAAUCAUGGCAGUGAACGUCCCUGGACUGGUGGCUGUGGUGGUUUUUUAUAUUGUCAUCCUGGUAAUUGGGAUCUGGGCAUCUCGAAAAUCCAAGAAAGUGGAGAAGACAUUUGCUGGCAGCAAGAGCGAGGUUGCUAUGGUUGGAGGCCGCAACAUCAAUGUCCUGGUCGGGGUUUUCACCAUGACAGCAACAUGGGUUGGUGGAGGUUACAUUAUGGGAACUGCUGAGGCUGUUUAUUCUCCUACUCAAGGUCUCAUCUGGGCUAUGGGGCCUCCUGCAUAUCUUAUCAAUUUCCUUUUGGGAGGAUUGUUCUUUGCAAAACCUAUGAGGUCGAAGCGCUAUGUGACCAUGUUGGACCCAUUUCAGUAUCGCUAUGGCAACAUGUUCACUGCAACACUACUGCUUCCUGCUUUGGUCAGUGAUAUUUUGUGGGUGGCCUGCAUCCUUGCUGCUCUUGGAGGAACGAUGAGCAUAAUUCUUGAGCUGUCGUCUGCCCUCUCCAUCAUUCUUUCGGCAGCCGUCUCCAUCAUCUACACAUUUUUAGGAGGCCUCUACUCUGUUGCAUAUACUGAUAUCAUCCAGCUUUCCUUCAUCUUUGUCAGCCUGUUUCUCUGUAUUCCUUUUUUGCUACUCAGUCCUGCAGUUACUGACAUCUCACAAACAGUCCACCUCAACCAAACAAAUGUAAACUCAUGGAUAGGAGAGUUGAAGCUGGCAGAUGCAGGAAAAUGGGCGGAUGAAAUGCUGUUAUUGGCUUUGGGGGGACUGGCCUAUCAAGCUCUAUACCAGAGGAUCCUCUCUGCAGCCUCCUCUGCUCAGGCUCAGGUCACAUGUUUUGCUGCUGCUGGGACAGUUUUUAUUAUGGGAAUCCCUUCUGUUGUCAUUGGAGCGGUGGCUGCCUCUGCAGACUGGAACCAGACAGCGUAUGGUCUACCCCCUCCUUUUGAACGAGGGGAGGCAGGAAAGAUCCUGCCACUGGCCCUGCAAUACCUCACACCCAGCUGGUUAUCAGUGUUAGGCAUUGGUUCUUUGGCUGCAGCAGUUAUGUCCUCCAUGGACUCUGUACUGCUGUCCUCAGCAUCCAUGUUUACACAAAACAUAUACAAGACGACUUUGAGGAAGCAGGCCUCAGAGCGAGAGCUGCAGAGGGUGAUCCGUGUUAGCGUGCUGCUGGUAGGCCUGGCAGGAAUGGGCCUGGCCUUUGAUGAUGACAGUGUGUUCGCCCUCUGGCUGCUGAGUGGGGACCUCCUCUACUGCGUGAUUCUCCCACAGCUCAUCUGCGUGCUUCACUUCAGCUGUGCUAAUAUCUACGGUGCUAUUAGCGGCUUUGUAGUGGGACUGCUGCUGCGUGGGCUGAGCGGGGAGCCAGUGCUGGGGAUCCCACCUCUCCUCCUGUACCCUGGCUGGAGAGAGGAGGACGGAGUUGUCACACAAUACUUUCCCUACAGGACUCUGGCCAUGCUUUGCUCUGUAAUAACUAUUAUUGCAGUGUCCAAGCUGGCGGAGCUGGGCUUCUGUCACCAACUAGUUCCGCAGUCCUGGGAUUUACUAGGGGCGUUUGAAGAGAAAAAAGAGGCAGAGGGGGAGGAGGUUUCUGUUCCUCAGGAGAAAAAUAACAGUAUCCUUAAUACAAAACUGUAGGCUUAAAUUUAGUACAACCUCAGCCAAAGUAUAUACAAACUUCUUUUUAUGCAACUUUUUUACCAACCUUCUUCUCCGCACAGACGAUUUACGCACACUCUUAUAUUAUGUGUAUACUGCACAUGUUGAAUACUGAAGUAUAUGCUUUAUAUGCACCGACCUCUGACCAGCAGUAUAUUGAGAGUGAUUCAGGGAGGCAGUAGAGACAUGUUGGUGUCUCUUUGUAACUGAACAAACGCCACACAUGAAGACCUCAAGAUUCUGAUCUUAAUGUCAGAAUUCACAUGGUCCUGAUCCUCUUAAAAUGAACCUCUUUCCUCAAUCCUUAAUCACAGUUAACAUUUUCAUAGUUUCUAAAUCUAGUCCUCUCCACUCAAUCCUGUUCAGUAAAUUAUUCUCAAGCCAGUUAGUGUUAUUUAAUUGUGUAUUUUCUGAGAAGUAGUUUAGCCUCUUUGCAUAUAUUAAGCACUGAAGGGACAAAGCAGUGCUGUUGCAAUACUUGAGACGCUGUGGUUGAGUGUUCCUCAGAAACAAAGAAUCAUGCAGGAAUUACCUGUUGAUAGAUGUAUUUACCAUUAUGUUAUGUUUUAAAGGGAUCACCAAUGAAGGACCAUCAAGAUAUAGAAUUACAAUUACUAUUUUUAAAGAUGUUUUGUGAUUUCAAGUGUUCAUAAAAAUGAAACAAUCCGUUUCUAAUCUUUGCAUCUGAUGGAAUCUGUGUCUUUUAAUGUGUAUUUGUGAGUAAAAGAGAUUUUAAAAAGACUAAAAAUGGUACCUAAACACAAGCUACAUACUCAAAUUGUUACAUAAAUUACUGCAUAUAGGGUACACUAUUUUACUACGUUACCUUUAAAAAAACAACGCACUUUUUGUCACCUGCAGCCUUUAAUUACACCACCCAAAAGUAUGCCCCUUUGUUGCCUUUAGAGCAGGGCCGCCACAAGGUUCAAUUUGGCCCACCGGAUGAUUUAAAAUUAAAUCGAUGAUUAUUUUUCAUAAUUUGAGCACAGCGAUUAACAAUCUGAGCCGAUCUGUGGCUUUUAAUGGAUGUAUUUUGAGGGUGCACAAUUGCCUGCAAGAAUUACGUUGUAGCCUGGUUCAGCGAGUGAAGUUCAGAACUUGUUGUCUUGUUUACUUUUGACCCAAGGCCCACCAUUAAGUUUCAGUUGUGGCCCCUUAAGGGAAAAUGUUUGGGCACCCCUGCUUUAGAGCAAUGCCGUGACUUAGUAUUUGACAUAUACUCUAACCACAGUUCAACUGCAAUUCCACCUUUGUGGCAGCAGAGGGUGACACCUAAACACUGAAGGGACCUCAAGAGUCUUAACCUGACUGACUCUCACGAGAUGGUGGUUCCCCCCCAAAAAAAAAAAUCCUUAAAACUGUAAUUUGAAAGUACCAAAAAAUAAACCGGUUUUUCACAGCUUUUGCGACACCAUAUCAGAAGACCUUCUAGGACAGGCUUGUAGUUUUGAUUACUUUAUUAAGCAAGUGUUUACAUUACAUGAUGUUCAUUUUAUUAUACACCACAUAAAUGAUGUUUUAAAAAACCGCAUAUUCGCUCCUUUCACAUGCUGCUUCGGUCGUUGCGCAAUUCAGAGUUAGUAAUGAAGCUUCGUUAGCAUUCAUUAUAAAUGAACAAAUAACAGGACUGGUUUGAAGUAAAAUAUUGCUUUUCUGGUGUAUUUUAUGGCAAUAUAUUAAACUAAAGUGAUAUGUCAACAUUGCUUUAAAUUUUAAAUUAGUGUAGACAAGGUAGUGGUAGAGUUCACUUAAUAAUUCGUUUCAUUCAAUGUUUUUUUGUCAUAAUCACAACACCCCUUUAAUUCCCCGUUUUAAAUUACAAGUUACAAUAAAAAAAUAAAAAAAUCGUUUUUUAUAAUAAAAUGGUAUGGCAAAUCCCACACGGUAAACACUUAAGUGAAUAAUAGACAGUAAGGUAAUUAAAAACAAUUUUGCAUUCUAUAAAUCAAAAACUUAUGUGAAAUGAAAAAAAAAAAAAAACAGUUGUAGGCUAUUGUACUUCUUAGGGUCUCUUAUUGUCGGAGAAAUGCACCUUAAUGGCCGGUGAUGUUUGACAGUGACAUUAUAAAACCUGCACCCAGGAUCAAACGGGCUUUGCAAUGAAUAGCGACGCCCACUGCACACUGUGUUGUCACUGCUGCAUGUCUGGGAUGAAUGAACGCUGAGGGCAGUGUUGGUACUGUAGUCCUCUCUUGAAUGAAGGCUCCAUGUCAGGUUUUACUUUGGGCCUGUGACGAUGGUGUGCAGUGUAACCUAUGGUACAGCUCCAGUGCACAAAAUAGACUUCGUAGGUUUGAACGUAGUCCUGUUGACUCCAGAGGCAAGAAGUCUUAUUAUCUAAAAAAAAAGAAGAAAGAAAAGAAAGAAAGAAAGACAAAAAACAUUAUAAAGGGCGAUUUUUGUUUAAUUGAUAAAAGGAAUUAUUCCUAUUUGAAAUAAAAAACACAGUGGGAGGGAACAGUUAAUGAAUCUCUAAAAGAAAUUGACUGAUAGGGUAACCGUUUUCCCCUUAAUACUGCAGUUAUAUUUUAAAAUCUAAUAGAAAAGCUACUAAAAGAAAGUGGAGAAUCCCAUAAUAGAUGCAUAAGUGCCCCAAAAUCAUACAUAUCACAUUACACAUAAAGUAUUCAAAGUGUAUUUACAAAAGAAAUGCAAGUAUGGCCUUUGAUGAGUAUUAAUCCAUGCUUUACCCUCAGUUUGUUCUGACCACACUGAUUUAUUCCCUUUGAAAACCACCAGUGGUAAACAGUCGUUUAAAUGCAACGUGAACAUGUUAACUUAUUAUAAUAAUAUGUAUUCAUUACAAGGAGUCACUACACCUUUUGUCGCCUGUUCACCUUUAUUAUGGACAAUGUUAUCUGUAUAACGUGUCAUAAAAUAUUGUCAUAUAACACACUUCUGUUCAAAUGUAACUAAUUUUAAGCUUUUUUGUUUCACAUUGAUGGUGACUGCACAUGCUUCUUUUUGUUUUUCAUAUGAAAAAAAUGUAAUAAAAUUGAGCAAAUUUGAA